AUGAACGGUGAAGACCCGCCCGAGAGACCCGAAUACAUCUCCGGCAUCAUUAACGGCCUGGAGCGCUACAAUCCCGAAGCUGUUGGCACACUGGAAUCCUACUUGCAAGAGCAAUGCGAGCAGAAGUACACUGACAGCAAUGCCAACCGCACGCUGUUGAAACUGUACCAGCUCAACCCCGACAGGCUCAAGGAUGAGGUCGUCACCAACAGCCUCGUCAAGGCCAUGACGCAGUUCCCCUCCCCUCAGUUCUCGCUCGCCCUCCACCUCAUCAACCCCUCCGCCGCCAACUCGGGCGAGCUCCACGAAGCCGUGAACAAGCUCCGCACGCUCAACUCGCAGCUCGAGGGUGCGCAGUACUCCAGCUUCUGGGCCACCCUCGACGGCGACGAUCUGUGCGCCGACCUCAUCGCCGACAUCUCCGGCUUCGAGGACACCAUCCGCCACCGCAUCGCCCUCCUCGUUUCCCAGGCUUUCCGCGAGAUCAAGCUAAGCCACCUCGAGGCGUGGUUAGGGUUGAGCGAGGACGCCACCAAGAAGUUCGUCUCGGAGGUCGCUGGGUGGUCCGUGGAGGAGGAUGGAUCCGUCAAGGUGCCUUCGAACCCCGACAACGAGGCCAAGAAGGCCGAGAUCCGCGAGGACGUCAGCGUCGAGCAGUUCUCAAGGGUAAUCAGGAGAUCCUGGGAGGAGGUU